ACCACACCCUGUACUAAAUAAAAUUGGAUUCUUAUUGAGUAAAUAGCGCUUGUCCAAAGAAAGGAAUUAUGGGCGAUCACUUGCCGGCAUGUGUUAUCGACGUAGGUACGGGGUAUACGAAGCUCGGCUUUGCCGGUAAUAAGGAACCUCAGUUUAUCAUCCCAUCUGCUAUAGCGAUAAAGGAAACAGCUAAAGUUGGCGACCAGUCCACGCGGCGUAUGACUAAAGCCGUCGAGGACUUGGACUUUUUCAUCGGGGACGAGGCGUUUGAAGCUACGGGAUACUCUGUCAAGUAUCCUGUACGUCAUGGCCUAGUUGAAGAUUGGGACUUGAUGGAGCGGUAUAUUGAGCAAUGUAUCUUUAAGUACUUACGUGCUGAGCCAGAAGAUCACCAUUUCUUGCUGACGGAACCUCCAUUGAACACGCCCGAAAAUAGGGAGUAUUUAGCAGAGAUAAUGUUUGAGUCAUUCAAUGUGCCUGGCUUGUACAUCGCCGUCCAAGCGGUCCUCGCGCUCGCCGCGUCGUGGAAAUCGCGUGUUUCGGCCGAACGCACUUUUACUGGCAUUGUAGUAGACAGUGGAGAUGGUGUUACUCAUAUUGUCCCUGUAGCUGAAGGCUAUGUCAUUGGCUCCUGUAUCAAACACAUUCCAAUUGCAGGAAGGAACAUCACUUCGUUCAUUCAAUCCUUGCUCCGUGAGCGUGAGGUUGGUAUUCCACCAGAACAGAGUUUAGAGACUGCUAAAGCAAUUAAAGAGAGAUACAGCUAUAUCUGUCCAGAUAUUGCCAAAGAAUUUGCCAAGUAUGACUCUGACCCUGGCAAAUGGAUGAAGAAAUACACAGGCAUUAAUGCAAUAACUAAAAAUCCAUUUACAGUAGAUGUGGGCUAUGAAAGGUUUUUGGGUCCAGAGAUUUUCUUCCAUCCUGAGUUUUCUAAUGCUGAUUUCACCGUUCCGUUGAAUGAGAUGGUAGAUGAUGUGAUACAAUCAUGUCCCAUCGAUGUGAGGAGAGGAUUAUAUGGUAACAUUGUGUUAUCUGGUGGAUCAACGAUGUUCCGUGAUUUUGGUAGGAGGUUGCAGCGAGAUAUCAAGCGCACUGUUGAUGCAAGACUAAAGCUCUCUACAGAGUUGUCUGAAGGACGGAUUACACCUAAACCAAUUGAUGUUCAGGUGAUCUCCCACAACAUGCAGAGGUAUGCUGUAUGGUUUGGAGGGAGUAUGCUAGGCUCUACCCCAGAGUUCUACCAAGUGUGCCACACUAAGCAAGCGUACAUGGAGUACGGACCAAGUAUUUGCAGACACAACCCUGUCUUCGGUACCAUGACAUAACUGCCAGUAUUUACUUUUUUUUUACCUUGUUUUACUUGUGAACAAAAAUGAAAGUAUAAUCAUGAAUUUAUAAUUAAUUAAAUGUUAAGGAUAUUUCCAUUAUGGAGUAUUUUUAGUUAAGGUUCAUUUUCAAAUUAUUCAACAAGACUUCAUUGUAUUUUUUCAUUGUUUUUUUAUUGGUGAAUUAGUGGAGCACAGUAAAGUAUGACUAGAUGUUAUUAACUUAACAUUAAUAAAGGCAGAUAUCCUUAUAAAGAACAGAUUAAGAACAUGAUUGUACUGAUGAGUACUGCAUAUAGAUAUGUAUAAUCUAUAAUCAAAGUAAAUU